AUGGAACUCAACCGAGAGCAUUUUCGCGCCAUAAUUUCGCCACAUGAGUCGACAAUUUCCCGUUGGUAUGGAGAAUUCAAACGUGAACGGGUGAGUCUUAGCGACGAUCCCAGGGUGCAUGCACCAAAAACGGCAUUCACCCAGGAAAACGUCAAUGCUGUGCGCCAACUCAUCAUUGAAGAUAGACAUGUGACAUACCGCGAGAUUGAGGCGUCCUUGAAGAUCUCAAAGAACUCAAUUCAAAAAAAUUUACAUGAAGCAUUAGGAGUAAGAAAAUUAGUUUCUCGUUGGAUACCCCACCUGUUGACUGAAGAGCAGAAAGCAGCCAGGGUUAAUUGGUAUCAAAAACGCUUGACCUCGGCUGUUUGGGUGUUCCAAGGUGAAGAAAAGCCAACAAAAAUGGUCGCGACAUUUGUGUCAAAAGCGGGUCAUAUUGCAACAAUUCCUCUUAAUGAGCAAAGAUCUGUUACUGCGGAUUGGUAUACCACCAUUUGUUUGCCAAAAGUCAUCACCGAGCUUCGAAAAAUCAACCCCGAAAGAAGAAUCAUCCUCCACCAAGACAAUGUAAGCUCGCACGCAUCCCAAAAAACAAGGCAGUAUUUAGCGGAAGAAUACGUGGAAUUAUUGGACCAUCCUCCAUUUAGUCCCGAUCUAAGUCCCAACGAUUUCUUUACUUUCCCGAAAAUUAAAACUGCAUGGUCAAAGGUUCCAUGGAAUAAGUGCUUCGGAAAUUGGUUCGAGCGCAUGCAGAUGUGUAUUAAUCUUCGUGGAGAAUACUUCGAAAAACAAUAA